GAAGGAGGGUUCUUUGGUAAAGGGGUGCUGUUUUCUUGGUCUUUAUGGGUCAGGGUGUCCUUCAGGGCUGUAAAGCCUGGAGUAGAAGAAGUUGUAUCUGCCCACAUCCUUCAGGGCUCAGAGCGUGGGAACCAAGAGGCCCCUUGGCCAGCCCCAGGCUGGCGGGGAGCGGAUUAGACCGGCAGCGGGCCCAGCACUGCCUGCUGUUUGGUUUGGGAAUUAGUGGGCGCCCUGGGCAGAGGCUGGGCUUGCCAGACUGGGGAUUAACAGUCUCCACCCACCUCCCCCCCACAACCAAUUCCUGUUCUAUGGAAUGGCAUGGCAUCAGCCUGUCCCAGCACAGGACUGCAACAGGGGGGGCAGUUUAGGGGACAAGAUAACAAAAAACUCAGAGGCUAGAGGGGCCCUGAAGUCCCAUCCUGCCCCCAGAGCAGUCUUAGUGGCCUGUAUCAUGUUUCCUGCAGUUUGAGCACCAGUCCCCUGUUCUUAAAAUGGAGACACAAGUGUGGCCAUUCAUAGGGCCCUGGCACAAAUUCACCUGACCUUGGAAGGGUCAGCACACCAGCCUGAAAGACACCUAACAGUCCGCCUUCUCCCCUUCACGCUUCCCUCUGCCACUCCUGGACAGUCAUUGUCACACCCUGCUUGAGAGACCCAGGAUUGGCAUGAUCUUGGGCAUUUGCAAGUUCCAAGCUGGCGCUAAAUGUGGGUGGGGGAAGAAGGGGUGCUUGGGGACACACAUGAGUCAGGAAGCAGUGUUUAGACAGCACACAUCCAGGAUCUAGGUGGGCCAGGGUGUGCAUAUGUAAGGGGAACCCAGCCACGAGCCUAGACGUGUCCCCCCCAAAUCCGUCGGGUUGCACACAAGCCAGUAUAGGCAGGUCCAUGUCAGGGAAGUGCUUAUAACCUAACCAAACUGCUCGGGGUUCAAAUCCCAGGUGUGUCAUGAAAGGGCUGUGUGUCAUCUGGGCCUCAGUUUAGCGGGAAUAAUAGCGGGAAUAACAAAGUCACCAAAUUCACAUUUCCUGCUUGUAAAGACACAAUGAGAUGAAAUAGGUAACGCCUUUACAACAGCCCUAGGCAUGUACCUGCCAAGGAGUGUUUGUUAAUAUUCGCUGUUACAAUUAGUAAGCAUGUGAACUAGCCUGGGCAACCUGCCUCCGCCCCAGUAGGGGUCCAGCAGUCAAAAGUGUGUGGGGAUACUGGGAGCUGGAGGACGGGAGAUGAGCAUGGGGGUGGGGGAGUGGGGGGAGGGCUGGUAGCUGUGUGUAAGGAUACAUCCAAGGAAACGGGCCUCAGGUCGGGUAUGAAAUGAAGUGAAAGUCACUCAGUCAUGUCUGACUCUGCAAUCCCAUGGACUAUACAGUCAGUGGAAUUCUCUAGGCCAGAAUCCUGGAGUAGGUAGCCUUUCUCUUCUUCAGGGGAUCUUCCCAACCCAGAGAUUGAACCCAGGUCUCUGCAUUGCAGGUGGAUUCUUUACCAGCUGAGCUACAAGGGAAGCCAGGUUGAGUAUGGAGCCCAUCAACCUGAAGCCUAUCCCCUCCCCAGUUGCCUUAUCUACCAGCAUCACCCCUCACCCUCUUUUAUGAGCUGUCCAGCAGCUGGACAGCGGAGGCAUGGGUCCGAGGACAGACAGUCCGGGCUGGUUCCUAAUUACCCCGGGUGGGGCAGACACCUGCUGGGUUAGGAACACAGCGUCCUGGCUGGCCGGACCUCAGGGUGGGGUCGAGUGGAGCCAUAUGCACUUCUGGAGCUAGGGUGGACUGGAGAGUCUGAGGGGCACUCCAGGAUGCCCCUCUUAGGGCUAGAGCCCUGAGCCUCUGCCCCUCCCACACUGGACUAUGCAUUCAAAGUUGAGGAUGGAGGGCUGUCUGUGCCAGGCUAGAGUGCCCCCUGUGUAGGUGUGCCUCUGAAGGGAGAACAUGUGUCCUGUAUCCGUGCCAAGUGUGGGGACAAAGUUUUGUGUCCCUAAGCUUGUGUGUUCAUGACAAUGACGAAAGUGACUGCAACCCAGGGUGUGUGUACGCACCUGCCCGCCACCACCCAAAGUGAGGGGGUGUUGGGGAGGGUGUGUCUUAUGGAUUGAUGUACAAAUAAAUGCAGGUGAAUUUCAUGAGGGAUUAUGGCCUGACUCCUGGAUGUGACCCUCUGGGUCUGUGGGACUGUUGGGAGGGGUCAGUGUUGCCCAAAUAUGUCUUUGCAACAUGGGCAAAUCUAAGGGACCACGGGUCCUGGAUCUGAUCCCAGGACUGUGGGCUGCUGUGUUGAGGGGUGGUGCUCCUGCAUCUGAUGUGUGGUGCUCCUGCAUCUUAUGUGUGGUCAAUUCAGUUCAGUCCCUCAGUCAUGCCCAAUUCUUUGCGACCCCAUGGACUGCCACACGCCAGACUUCCCUCUCCAUCACCAACUCCCAGAGUGUGCUCAAACUCGUGUGAUCACAGGUGUGUUUUUGUAUGGGGGAGAUCAGGAAUAAAUGUAGGUUACUUCCCUCUGUGUGAUGGUCGCCUGUGUGAUGGUCACCUGUGUGAUGGUGUUCUGGGGUUGGGCUGUGGUCUGCACUUGGCUGGUUGUGUGACCUUGUGUGUGUCUUUAUUACCUAGUACAAUUAUGAAGGAAUUCAGUGCUUGGGUCCCUGCCCUUGUGUUCCUGGGUGGCUGUUUGGAGCACUGUGUGGGUGCCUGAGAGCUGAGAACCUGGUGGGUUUGGUUUAGGGUCCAUUGGCUUUAUAUCUGCAGUUUAGUGGGGGUGGGGUAUGGCUAAGUGUCUCUUGUGUGACUCUGGAAAUCUUUGUGACUGUGUAACUUCUUUCUGGGUCACGGUGAUUGUGGGAGGCUGUGUUGAGGAAAGUUGAAUUUGUGUCUGGAUCUAUGGAAUGUUUCCAUGUGCAUCUUUAUGGUUAAUUUACAAGUGAGUUUCGAGUGACCCAGCCUCACUGAGUAGUGUGUGUACAACUGGGUUGGGUAAAGACAGGGUUCCUGCCCCCUCCCCCAGCUCUAGGGCUAAAGUUUCUGGGACCUGCCAGUGACUGACUGACUGGGAGACAGGACAGGGAGGAGCUAGGGAGGUCAGGGUGAAUUCUCCACCCUCCGCCCCAGGUAACAAACUGAGGAGACUUCAAACAAAGUUCUUAGGCUGUAACUGUGCAACUGACUAGGGGGAGGGCCAGGGAAGGGCCACCCAAGUCCACUCCCCAGCCCCCUCCCUCACAGAAUCUGGCUUAAGCCCCACCCAACACUGAAGCCACCCACCCAGCCCAUCCUGUCCUUGUCCCAAGUGUCACUGAACCAGCCAUCAGGUGAGAAGGACCCAGGCCUGGGGGAACCGGGAACCCUGAGGACAAGUCGGUCUGCAAGGGAGAAUCCAUCUGAAUCCUCAGCGUAGGGUGUGGAAGGUGAGCAAGGAAUGGACACAGGAAAUGUCCAGGUGGAUCCAGGGCCAGGGGGAGGGGGCAGAGGCAGGGCGAUUAAGUGGGAGGGGGAUAGACUGGGGCUGCUGUGCAGCAGAGGGAGCCAGUCUAAGGCCAGGGGAACUGUGGGAAGGGACCUGGGGGCCAGGAGGCUUGGGGGCCAGGCUUUGGAGGACUUCAAAAGAAAGCGCAGGGCAGAGAAUGGGCCCAGAUUGGGUUGGGGGAGGAGGAGAGGAAAGGUCGAAGUGGAACUUGAGGAAAGAGAAUUGGGGAUGAAACUCAGUUGGAGCCCUGGGAACUUAGAAACUAAAGGGUUCAGGACUCAGGGAGCAGAGGAAAGUGUAGAUGGCGUCCAGGUAAGGGGUAUGGGAUCUGAGAGGGAUAAAACCUAAGGGUCUUGAGGGUGGGAGAUAGACGGAGAGGGCCAGGGAAGGUCUGUACAAGACGCUGGGACCGGGAGUCCAAGGAAGGGAGUGACCUGGAAGAGGGGGCCUUGGAGAGGAGGGCUGGGGGCUAGGGGAGGGCAGAGCAGGUGGGAGGAGAGGGGAACCCGAGCAAGAGCCGGAACCCAGGAGCUGGUAAGGUGGUCGGGCUCGGAACAGCGCGCAGAGUCGAGCCGGGCCCGCAUCUCUCCACCCCCGCCCACAGCCUCCAGCCCGGCUCCGUCCCGGCCCCCUACUCCUCGGCCCCCAAGCCUAGGUCCGAUCCAGCGCCCCCUCUCCUUUGGCGCGACCGGCCCGGGCGCCGCGAUGACCGUCACGUACACGGCGCGCGUGGCGAAGGCGCGCUUCGGCGGCUUCUCGAAGCUGCUGCUGCUGUGGCGCGGGAGCAUCUAUAAACUUCUGUGGCGCGAGCUGCUCUGUUUCCUCGGACUCUACAUGGCGCUGAGUGCCGCCUAUCGCUUCGUGCUGACCGAAGACCAGAAACGCUACUUCGAGAAGCUCGUCCUUUACUGCGACCGGUACGCCAGUCUCAUCCCGGUCUCCUUCGUGCUGGGCUUCUACGUGACGCUGGUAGUGCACCGUUGGUGGAACCAGUACCUAUCCAUGCCCCUGACCGACGCGCUCAUGUGCGUCGUGGUUGGCACAGUGCACGGACACGAUGAGCGCGGCCGCCUCUACCGACGCACGCUCAUGCGCUACGCAGGGCUCUCCGGGGUGCUUAUCCUGCGCUCGGUCAGCACCGCGGUCUUCAAGCGCUUCCCCACCAUAGAUCAUGUGGUGGAAGCAGGGUUUAUGACCCGCGAGGAGCGCAAGAAGUUCGAGAACCUAAACUCAUCCUACAACAAGUACUGGGUGCCUUGCGUCUGGUUCUGCAACCUGGCGGCGCAGGCUCGGCGCGAGGGCCGCAUCCGCGACAACGGCGCCUUUAAGCUACUGCUGGAGGAGCUGAAUGUGUUUCGGAGCAAAUGUGGGAUGCUCUUUCACUAUGACUGGAUUAGCGUGCCCCUUGUCUACACCCAGGUGGUGACCAUUGCUGUGUACAGCUACUUCCUGGCUUGCCUCAUUGGCCGCCAGUUCCUGGACCCAGCACAGGGCUACAAAGAUCACGACCUGGACCUGUGCGUGCCAAUCUUCACCCUGCUGCAGUUCUUCUUCUAUGCUGGUUGGCUCAAGGUAGCUGAGCAGCUCAUCAACCCCUUUGGAGAGGACGACGAUGACUUUGAGACCAAUUUUUUGAUCGACCGAUGCUUCCAGGUGUCAAUGCUGGCUGUGGACGAGAUGUAUGAUGACCUGGCCAUGCUGGAGAAGGACCUGUACUGGGACACGGUUGAGGCUCGCGCUCCCUACACCGCGGCCACUGCCUUCCUGAUGCAGCAGCCCUCCUUCCAGGGCUCUACCUUCGACAUCACGCUGGCCAAGGAGGACAUGCAGUUCCAGCGUCAGGACGGCUUGGACGUGCCGCUGAAUGAAGCACACGGCGACUUCCUGCAGCGCCUCCUGCCAGUGGGCACGGGCAUGGGCACAGGUGGCCUCCUGGGCCGGCGCGUGCCCUUGCUGCGCCGCAAGAACAGCCACGUGUCGGAGGAAUCCAUGGCUGCUAGCUGCGCGUGCGCAGGCGCUCCCGACGGCGCGGUCCCGGAGUGUGGCUGCGAAGGCCCGCUGGUCGACUUAGGCCAGCCGGAGCCGGAGUCUGAGCCCCUCACCGGCCCCGAGUCGCUUGCCCCCGUCCCCGCUCCCAGGGCGCCCGCUGAGCCCUUAACCGUGGUGCCGUUGUCUGGGACCCGGGGGCCGGCUCCGCCCUGGCUGCCCAGCCCCAUUGGCGAGGAGGAGGAGAGUCUAGCCUGAGACCUUUGGACCCUGAAUUCCCAAGGACAGGGAAACAAGCCUGCCUGCAGCAGUUUGGGUCUGCAUAAGCUGCGUGUGGACUCGGCCAGCCCCCUUCUUACCUGCCUGCGCCCCAACUUUACGUUUGGCACAGAGCGUUGGAGCGCCUCCUGUGGGCCGAGGGCUGCACUAAGGGCGGGGUAUCCUUCCAGCUUCUUUGAACAGCUAGCUGGGCCUUAGCGCCAGCUCUACUUCCCGCCACUGCGUGAGAAGCUUUUAUCCCUGCGACCUGCCUUUCUUCUUUCUAUAGACUGGACAUAUAAGUGAGUGCCCAUCUCCUGAGCUGUGUGGAUGAAAUGAAAGCGGCUUUAAAAAAUGUUUGAUACAUAAUAGGUGCUCAAUAAAAUUGUAGUUUUUUGUUUUUUUUUUUUCUAAAAACCUAACUCCUGCCAGGCGUUAUGCUAGGUAAGCUUUAAGGAUUAUUUGAUGAUGUCCUGUCCACUUCCAAAUUCUACUCUCUGAAACGGCCCCAUUCAGUGCCCAUGGU